AUGAAGUUCUCGCACUCGCUGCAGUUUAAUGCCGUGCCCGAAUGGUCCUCAAAAUACAUCGCCUACUCAACGCUAAAGAAGCUAAUCUAUCAGCUCCAGCGCGAGAAUGCAUCGGCGUACGCGUUCGGAACGGACUACAGCUCGGAGCAGCAGCCACUGACAUUAAAUUCACCGCAUGAUUCGUCUGGCCCGGUUCCGGUGUUUGAGAAAGCGCUAGAUAAAGAACUUGCCAAGGUGGAAGCAUUCUACAGAAGUAAGGAGGCCGAGGUAUAUGCGGAGUUUGAUACCCUAGUUGGGUCGGUGGACGAAUUCGAAAAGCAUUUUGAAGGAGAUGGAGGGGCUCUUGAAAUUCAUGGAAGGAAACUGGUGAGAGAUAUCCUGGAUCGUGUGAAAUCGAGGUCAACCCAAGUAACAGAUACCGCUGAAGUCAUUGCUGCGCCGGCCACAGUUGCCCCAGACUCAGAAAUAGAGGCUGUUUUGUCGAACGACGCAUUUUCAAGCUCGCAGCCUAAUGGAAACGGUAAUACGCUCUCUCCACGUCAAAGACUGAGCUCUAAACAGUCGUUCACGCUGUUCGAUGACGAGGACUUCGACCUCGAUUUCAUCUCUCAGUUCUCCAUCUCCAUCAAGAAACGACUAACAGACACGUUUGUGCGACUCUCAGAACUCAAGUCAUACGUGGAACUGAACAGAAUUGGAUUUGCUAAAGCCUUGAAGAAGUUCGACAAAUCGCUGCUAGCCUCUGCCAAGGACUCGUAUCUCGAGCGACUAGACACCACAUCCUACACCUUUAGCGCGGCAACGAUGCGUGUUUUGGACGGGAAAAUUCAUUGCAUAUUGGAGCUUUAUGCUCUUGGAAAGGAUGGAGAUCUGGCGUAUGCCAAAGCAGAAUUGAAGUCACAUCUCAGAGACCACAUUGUCUGGGAACGGAACACAGUUUGGCGUGACAUGUUGGGCAUGGAAAGAAAGUCCCAGGCGGCUCACACUGGCAAAGUUGCUGAAGAUACGGUAGAGGAAGAACUGCAGGCCCCAGUGACCGCUAUACUUCUCUCCAACAAGGCUUACAAGCUAUAUGCGAUCAUCCUGAUCACCACGAUCCUUCUAAACGUGCACAUCUUUGCGGAUAAUCAGCAGAAGAACUGUUUUGCGUUACUGGUAUGUUCUUCACUUUUGUGGGCUACUGAAGCCAUACCUCUGUUCACCACCUCGUUAGCAGUUCCUCUGCUAAUCGUUCUUUUGCGUGUGCUCAAAGAUCCGGCCACGGGAAGACCUCUGGAUGCCCCGGAGGCCUCCAAGUUUAUCUUCGGAACAAUGUGGUCUUCCAUCAUCAUGCUGCUUCUUGGUGGCUUCACUUUGGCUGCUGCUCUCUCAAAAUACCACGUGGAUCGUCUGGCAUCCACCUGGAUUCUCAGUAGGGCAGGCACGAACCCGCGUGUGGUUUUGCUCGUGAUCAUGGGAGUCUCGCUAUUUGCUUCCAUGUGGGUCAGCAACGUCGCUGCGCCUGUUUUGAUGUACUCUAUUAUUCAGCCCGUCUUGCGGACGACUCCAAAAGACUCUGAUUUUGGCCGUGCUCUCAUCAUUGGUAUUGCACUGGCAGCCAACGUGGGCGGCAUGGGAUCGCCAAUUGCAUCCCCACAGAAUAUCGUUGCCAUUGAGGGAAUGGACCCACCUCCUUCGUGGGGCCAAUGGUUCGUGAUUGCAUUACCGGUGUGUGCUUUUGCCCUGGUAGCCAUAUGGCUCUUCCUACUGCUCACCUUUGACAUUGGGUCUUUUCAUCUUGUUCCCAUCAGAACCAUUGAUGCUCGUUUCACCAGGGUUCAAUGGUAUGUGACUGGUGUGUCUAUGGGAACUAUUGUUCUAUGGUGUCUUUCGUCACGUUUGGACAUGGUUUUCGGCGAAAUGGGAAUCAUCGCCAUCAUACCCAUGGUUGCGUUUUACGGCACUGGCUUGCUCGGGGCCGAGGAUAUCAACAACUAUCCUUGGAAUAUCGUUCUCCUUGCAAUGGGUGGGAUUGCUCUUGGAAAAGCAGUUACUUCGUCGCAUUUACUGGCCACAAUUGCGCUUGAAAUUCAGGCCCAUGUUGGCGGAUUGAGUCUUUGGUCAAUCAUCCUGGUCUUUGGAAUUCUUGUUUUGACCAUGGCCACUUUUGUCUCUCACACUGUUGCUGCUCUCAUUGUCGUUCCGCUGGUUGCUGAGAUUGGUGCUUCAUUACCAGACCCUCAUCCACGCAUCAUCGUCAUGGCCACGGCUCUGCUGUGUUCGUCAGCCAUGGGACUGCCCACUUCUGGUUUCCCCAACGUCACAGCAAUCUGUAUGCUCGACGACGUGGGAAAGCCGUAUCUCACAGUCAAUACUUUCAUCACGCGCGGCGUUCCGUCGUCGUUUGUGUGCUACUUCAUCAUUGUUACGCUGGGAUACUUCAUCAUGAGAGUGAUCGAUUUCUGA